ACAGCCAUGAGUGUGUCCAGUGACCAACCAGAUGAUGAGCUCACUAUCCCUCGAGCUGCAAUGAACAAGAUGAUCAAAGAGCUCUUGCCAAAUGUACGUGUUGCCAAUGAGGCUCGGGAACUGAUCCUGAAUUGCUGCACUGAGUUUAUCCACUUGCUGUCCUCCGAGGCUAAUGAGAUUUGCAACCAACAGCAAAAGAAAACAAUCAAUGCUGAACAUAUACUAAUGUCAUUAGAUAAACUUGGUUUUGGUGACUAUAGAGCGGAUGCAGAGGCUGUGCUCAAAGACUGCAAAGCAAUGGCAGCCAAGAAGAGAAGAAAAAGCACCCGCUUAGAAAACCUUGGCAUCCCAGAAGAAGAAUUACUCAGACAGCAACAAGAGCUUUUUGCAAAGGCACGAGAACAAGUGGAAAUGGUUGAGCAGCAGCAGUGGCAGAUGCUGCAAGCACAAGCAGCAGCUGCUCAACAACAACAGCAGGAGCAACAGGCAAUUGAUGAAGAUGAAGAUUAUUCUUAAACUGUGACCCCAAACCAGCUUGUCAGAUUUUACAAAGAAGUCUAACCAUAUUAUUGUACUUAAAGUUAAGUUCCCCAAAAAUACAAUUUUGUUAUAUAUAUGAAUUUUAUUUGCAGAAUUUAGUUUUGUGGAUCUGCCAGCUGGGAAUAUAAUAAUUUUCCCAGAUACAGAUUGUGAUUUGUUCCCACAUACUGGAGAGAUCAAGAUCAUCAUUGCAUAUAGGUGUACCAAAGUAUAUCAGGAAAUUUGAUUGAACAUGAAACAAUUAUUUAUAUUAUGCAUAACUAUAUGGCUGGGAUAUAUAUGUAAUAUAAUCAAAUGUUGCUCCAUUUAACUGAUUCUUUAGUUAUGACGUAAACAGUGAAAAACAUAUCUUGUAUGUUUAUCUCCAUUUUUUUUUUUUUUUUUUCUGUGGAUGAAAUUGUUAAAAAGCUGAUCAGUGUAUAUUCCAUCACUUUAUGUAAUUCUUUGUAUUGCUUUUUUCUGGUUUCAUUGUGAUUUGAUAUAUUUCAGAAAUCCUUUUAUCAAGUCCUAUAGAAAUAAUUAUAUUCUUAUUUUUUAUUACCAUUUGGUAACUAAAUGAUUACAUUAAAGUAAUUAAUACCUGAUUAUUUGCUAAUGAAUGUUUUUGACUCACAAAAUGAUCAGUCAAAUUAUUUGAGCAAAUUGUUCAUUCAGAUGACAUUCUAGAUAUGAGAGGAAGUAUGACUAGAAAUUUACUUACUAAGAAUUUGUGAUAAGAGGAACACUCAGCCAAUCAGUAUAUUGCAUUAUACUAUAAUAUUUGGUUAGAUUUUUCUUUUUCUAUAAGUUGUCAUUAUGUUUUUUUGGAAUUUCAUUCAGAUGUGUUAGACUUACUUUUAUAAAAAACAAUUAUUUGUUACACAAGCAAUUAUAUAUUAUUUUUCAAUAAAAGGAAAAUGUAUA